AACAAACUCACUUUCUGUUCUCGUUUUUGUAAUUUUGGGUUUUAGAAUUAUAUCAUUUUUUAAUUUUUUUUUUAAAAAAAGCUGAAUUUUCUACUAUAAAUAGGCUAGCCAAUGCCACCAAAUUCAAGUCCUUGUGCUUCUUCUCGUGUCUGACUACCGAACCUGUCAAUCUUCCACUUACCCUUCUCUACCACGAUCAGGUAACCAAAUGGCACGCAAGAAGAUCAGAGAGUAUGACUCCAAGAGAUUGUUGAAGGAGCAUUUCAAGAGGCUUGCUGGCUAUGAACUGCCCAUCAAAUCCGCUCAAGUUACAGAAUCAACUGAUUUCAACGAGCUAACAGAGAAAGAACCUUGGCUAUCAUCAGGGAAACUAGUUGUAAAGCCUGACAUGUUGUUUGGGAAGCGUGGAAAGAGUGGUCUAGUUGCCUUAAAUCUUGAUAUGGCUCAAGUUGCUGCUUUCGUGAAAGAACGCCUUGGCAAAGAGGUUGAGAUGAGUGGAUGUAAAGGACCUAUAACAACAUUUAUUGUUGAACCUUUCAUCCCUCACAAUGAGGAGUUUUACCUUAAUAUUGUCUCUGAGAGGCUUGGAUGCAGCAUAAGCUUUUCAGAAUGUGGAGGAAUUGAGAUUGAAGAGAACUGGGAUAAGGUUAAGACCAUAUAUGUACCAACCGGCUCCUCAUUUACAUCGGAAACAUGUGCUCCGCUUGUUGCAACCCUUCCAAUGGAGGUAAAAGGGAAAAUUGAGGAGUUUAUUAAAGUGGUUUUUACUCUAUUUCAAGAUCUUGACUUCACUUUCCUAGAGAUGAAUCCUUUCACUUUGGUUGAUGGAAAGCCUUAUCCCUUGGAUAUGAGGGGCGAGCUGGAUGACACUGCUGCCUUCAAGAACUUCAAGAAGUGGGGCAACAUUGAAUUUCCACUCCCAUUUGGCAGAGUUAUGAGCCCCACGGAAAGCUUUAUUCAUGGGCUUGAUGAAAAGACGAGUGCGUCUCUGAAAUUCACAGUUUUAAACCCAAAAGGACGAAUUUGGACUAUGGUUGCUGGAGGAGGUGCAAGUGUCAUCUAUGCAGAUACAGUUGGAGAUCUAGGUUUUGCUUCAGAGCUUGGGAACUAUGCAGAAUAUAGUGGAGCCCCCAACGAAGAGGAAGUAUUGCAGUAUGCUCGAGUUGUAAUUGAUUGUGCUACUUGUAAUCCUGAUGGUCGUAAGAGAGCCCUUGUGAUUGGAGGAGGUAUUGCUAACUUCACAGACGUUGCUGCUACAUUUAAUGGCAUAAUUCGAGCCUUGAAGGAAAAAGAAGCAAAGCUUAAAGCAGCAAGGAUGAGCAUAUAUGUGAGGAGAGGGGGUCCAAAUUACCAGAGAGGCCUUGCAAGAAUGAGGGCACUUGGCGAAGAACUUGGCAUUCCUAUUGAGGUUUACGGACCUGAAGCAACAAUGACCGGUAUAUGCAAGCAGGCAAUUGAGUGCAUCGCGGCAGCUGCUUAAGCCACCAACUCCUGGACCAAUUGUCUCUUCUUUCUUUCUUUCUUUUUUUUUCUAAUGCCGGCAUUUCUAAGCUUCUCUGUUGUCAUUUUCUUUGUACCAGAAACCCCACAAGAUAAUGAAAUGAUAGGUAGAGUGAAAUUUGUAAUCUCUGAUACUAUGUUAAGUGUCCCCAUAAUAAAGAAAGAGCUGCUUAGUGCUUCUAUUAAAUUUUA